AUGGCUUCAUCAUCUACCUCGAGAGCGACAACGCCGUCACCAAGAGCGAAUCAUGCGGAGAUGCCGCUUGGCGCACACAGGAAGACCAGUGAGAGUGUCUUGGAUAGAUUGACAAGAGACUUUCCAGACGCAAGCUCACUGAGCAGACACCAGCAUAUACACGCUCGCCUUCAAAUAGAGAUUCUAGAUGUCAGAGACGAAGUAGCGAGACUGAAAGCUGAAUUGAGAAGGGAUCAAGAUCCUGGCAAGAUGACCAAGAUACAAACUCAAAUUAGUCAAUUGAUGCUUCAAAUCAACAUUAUUCGGGAAAAGGCAGCAGAAGCAGAAGCUAUCGUUAAAACAAUCACUUCAGAUAUACAGAAAUUAGAUACCGCGAAGAGUAACCUGACGAGCGCUAUUCAGAUGUUGGAAAGAUGGGGAAUGCUGAGGAACGCUCAUGGUCAGUUAAAAGAGCUACUACCCACCAAAAACUACAAGGAAAUGUCACAAGCUUUAUCCGCUGUAACGCACCUCUUGACACCUCUUAAACCACUAUCGGGCAUACCAGCAGUGUCUGAAAUCUUCAGAGCUGCUGAAUCUGAUCGUAAAUCGAUUCAAGAGAAGGUAGCGAUUGAAAUGGACGCUUUUUUUAAGCAAGACCCUAAUAGACCAGUAGAAAGGAGGACGGUAGCGGAAGUCUGUUUGGUCAUUGAAGUGCUUGGAGGAGAUUUCAGAAAUCACAUAAUCGAGAGGUAUAUCCAACUUCAACUAGCGGAGUACAGGCGUAUAUUCAGAUCUACCGAUGAAGCUGGUCAAUUGGAUAACGUACCCCGUCGGUAUGCAUGGUUCCGCCGUGUGCUCAAACAUCACGAUGAAGAAGAUGCCUCCCUAUUCCCACCGUCGUGGGAGAUGACCCGACUAUUGGUAUCGAAUUUUGCCGAAUAUACAAGAAGCGAUUUGGCCAACGUUUUGGGAAAAUCCACUCCUGCCGUUAAUGUACUACUGGACGCUUUGCAAGCUACCUUGGACUUCGAAGCUGGAUUUGCAAGGAGAUUUGAUAUGCCUUUUGAAGAUGUUACUGCCGGUGGGCUUACUGCUAGAGGUGGUGUUCAAACCAAAUGGACGAUAUCAAGUAUAUUCGACAACUAUUUCAAUGUCUAUGUGGAUGCUCAAGAUAGAGCUAUCGCAGACAUGCUGUCGGCUUAUCGAGGCUCAAGAUCACGCUCAUCGAUGGAAGGUGCUAUGCAAACAGAAACAGAUACACCUGUACCUACUGUACUUCCAUCAUCAACGGAGUUGUUCUACUUUUACGGUCAAACGCUGGAGCAAUGUGACAAGUAUACUAAAGGAGAGCCAAUGAGGAAGUUGGGCAAGGUUUUCGGCAAAUGGCUGAAAAUAUACUCUGACGAUGUUUUGUUGGCGGGUCUCAAAAAAGAACCUGGUCGACGGUCAAUUGAAGGAAAAGACAACCUCCAAGAGUUGAAGAAUGCUUGUAUAAUACUGAAUACUGCAGAGUACUGCCAAAACACCUCUUUACAGCUCGAAGAGAGGCUGAAAGACAAGAUUGCAGCAGAAUACAAAGAAGCUAUAUCAUUCCAAUCUGAUCGAGAUACUUUUUCCACCGUGAUAUCAGCCUGUAUUACGACCAUCUUGCGUGAGAUGGAGUCAUCGUGCGAACCUGCUUUCGCAGCAAUUUUGAAGACACCCUGGAUGCACUUGGAAAACGUUUCAGGUAGAUCCGCAUACAUAGUGGACCUCGUAGGAUCCAUCAAACAAGUAGCAGAAGUAGUCAGAGCCAGAGUAGAGGGAAAGAAAUAUAUCAGAAAUUUUGCUGAUAAAGCUGUCGGAGUUGUGAUAACAAGAUUCACCCAAUCGGUUAUUAAGAGCAGACCACUACGAAAGAUCGGUGCGGAACAAAUUCUUCUGGACGUACAAGCUGUCAAAGCUUGUUUGCUAGAUCUACCUGAACCUCAUCCGGAGAACUCGACGAACGCAUACACCAAAUACGUCACGAAGAAUACCGGUCAACUAGAAACUAUGUUGAAGGUCAUUCUGGCGCCAGACGAUCCUCCAGAAGGCUUUGUUCAGAACUACUGCUUGUUGAUUGGGGAUCGAAGUUUCAGUAAUUUCCAGAAGAUCCUCGACCUCAAGGGAACUCCUAGGACUGAUCAACAAAAAUUACUCGACAUCUUCUUAUCAGUCACGUCAACCAACUCCGAUUUAUCGGAUACAUCUUUCCUCACUCACAUAGAUAUGGAUCCUACUCCAUCGGUAGACGUCACAAGGGUAGCCUCACCAGUAUCUGGAAGCGGUAUUUUCUCGCCACAUACAAGUAAUGCUGGAUUACCCGGAUUGUUGAGAUCAGCAAGUGGAGAAGGAGGAGAUAGGAGCGAGACACCAAAGGCAUUUGGUGAUUUCAGGAGAUUAGUAAACUUUGCUAGGAGAGAGACGUUGGGUCCCUUAGGUCAUUAG